AGUUGUCGUUCGUCAGCGAAUCGCUGCGGUUGCCUUGCAAAUGGGUGGAAUAUUUUCUGUAACUGGUCUUGGCAUUCUGCUAAUUGGCCUGAUAUGGCUGUUCGCCGCAAAUGCCGAUGAAGGGGUUCAAAGUUCGCGCAUAUUGGCCGUGUUUCCUUUUCCCGGCCGAUCGCAGUACAUUUUCGCUGAGCAGUUUAUGAAGGAACUGGCCCAUCGGGGUCACAAUGUCACCGUAAUCAAUACCUUUGGUAGCGAUAAAAACGAGCCCAACUUUCGGGUGAUUGGUGCUAAAAAAAUUCACGAAAUAAUGGCGGCAUUUGGAAAUGCAGAUUACACCCAAACGGCGAGUCAAUGGCAAAUGUUGACUAUGACCACACAGUUUCUCAAUCUUUUGACCACAAGUAUCCUGGAUGAUGCGGCUGUAAAGGAUUUACUGAACAGCGGCGAGAAAUUCGAUUUGGUUAUAAUGGAAGCGGUGCAAACCGAAGCCCUCUUCGGUUUGAUCCAGCAUUUUGGAGCAGAAACCAUAGGUAUCUCAUCGUACGGCACAGAUACACACAUCGAUGAGUUAAUGGGCAACAUAUCGCCAUUGUCCUACAAUCCCUUGCUACUCUCAUCGCGAACGGAGCAAAUGGAUUUCAAGGAUCGUGUGAUGAAUGUGUUUGAAGCCUCGGUAAUGUGGCUGCACAAGAGGAUUGUCCACCUGCCGUCUCAACGGGAUCUGUAUGCGAAAUACUUUCCCACGGCCAGGAAAUCAUUGGAUGAAGUUUUGGACAGCUUUGCGCUAAUGCUUCUCGGCCAGCACUUUUCCCUGAGCUAUCCACGCCCCUAUUUGCCCAAUAUGAUCGAGGUGGGCGGACUGCAUUUACAACAGAAGCGAAAGGUUCAGCCCUUAGCAAAGGAACUGUCGGAAUUUGUCGAGCAAUCGGAGAAGGGAGUAAUCUAUUUCUCCAUGGGUUCCAAUAUCAAAAGCAAAGACUUGCCGCCAUCCACACGAAAAAUGCUAAUGCAAACCUUUGCCAGUGUGCCACAACGUGUGCUGUGGAAAUUCGAGGAUGAUCAGUUGCCCGAAAAACCCGAUAAUGUCUUCAUCAGCAAGUGGUUCCCCCAACCCGAUAUUCUCGCUCAUCCGAAUGUUAAGCUCUUCAUCACCCACGGAGGUCUAUUGAGCACCAUCGAGAGUAUAUACUUUGGAAAGCCCAUACUUGGAUUGCCCAUUUUCUAUGAUCAGCACUUGAAUGUUCAGAGGGCCAAGCAGGUAGGCUAUGGUCUCAGUGCUGAUAUAUGGAGUGUCAAUGCGACAGAACUGACGCCUUUGAUCCAGGAAUUGCUGAGUAAUCCCAGUUAUGCGGCAGCAGCUCAGACUAAAUCCAAAUUAUUCCGAGAUCAGAAGGAAACCGCUUUGGAGCGCGCCAUUUGGUGGACCGAGUACGUAUUGCGGCAUAAGGGAGCCAAACACUUGAGAUGUGCUUCGCGUGAUCUGGAUUUUAUUCAGUUCCACGGACUGGACACCUGGGGGCUCCUCAUCGCAAUCACUUUUGUCUCCCUACUGAUCGUCGUUAUUUUGAUUAAAUGCUUACAAAGGGUCUUCGUUUCGCUUAUAAGUAAAAUCCGAAAAAAUCGUGCGGAGGCGAGUAAAUUGAAGACCCAGUAAUCAAUUAAAGUCGAUUAACUGUUUGAGUUCAUGCCGCCACCGACUUAUGUUUCCUCUUAGAGCAGUAAACAUUUGCAUUUUUGUUUUGUUACCAGCACCUGUGAAUUAAUUUUUAAAUAAAUAAAUG